AUGAUAAUGAGGAGCCAGAGGUAACAGAAGAAGAUGGAGUCCUUGUGCUCACAAGUGAUAAAUUUGAUGAUAUUGUCAAGAAUAAAGACAUCAUUUUGGUGGAGUUUUAUGCCCCUUGGUGUGGUCAUUGGUAAAGUCUUGCUCCAGAGUACGCAAAAGCAGCCCAGACAAUGAAGAAAGCUGACCCCCCUGUCCUUUUUGCUAAGGUUGAUGCCACAGCGGAGGCGGACCUUGCUCAGAGAUAUGAAGUGACAGGAUACCCAACCCUCAAGAUAUUUAGGAAAGGAGAGGCUUCGAAUUAUGAAGGACCAAGAGAUGAAGCAGGUAUUGUGAGAUACAUGAAAGAGCAGUCUGAUCCAAACUGGGAGCCCCCACCAGAGGCAGUAAUGACCUUGACUUCUGAGAACUUCGAUGAAAUAGUCAACCAGGCUGGUCCCAUUCUUGUAGAGUUCUAUGCUCCAUGGUGUGGUCAUUGCAAGAGACUUGCCCCAGAAUUGGAGGCUGCCGCAGGUGUUCUGAAGGAUGAUGAUCCUCCAAUUCCAAUCGCCAAAGUUGAUGCUACAGAAGAAAACCUGGCAACUAGGUUUGGAGUUAGUGGCUAUCCACUCUACAUCUUUAGGAAGGGUGAAAAAUCCGAGUACAAGGGUCCAAGAGAAAAAAGAG